AUGGUCAUCAAGAAGACCAUCAGCAAGCCCAAAAGACGAUGUGUUGUUAAAGCCAAGAGAUCUGGUAGGUUUUAAAUGACAUAUUGACUGUUUUUCAAAAGUUAUAAGAAGUUAAGGUAUUGCACCGUGCAGCUAUAUUUUAUGCUUGCACGGCGCAGUCAUGUUUUAUAUUGUUGCACAGUACAGUCAUAAUUUAUGCUGGCACAGUGCAAUCAAGUUUUAGGUUUGCACUGUACAGUCGUCUUUUAGGCUUGUACAGUGCAGUCAUAUUGUAUGCUUUGCACUGUGCAGACAUUUUUAAAGAUUGCACGAUGCAAUCAACUAUUAUCUAGUUGCACGGUGCAGUCUUUCCUUUUGUUCGCACGGUGCAAACAACCUUCACGCUUGCAUAGCGCAGUCCCCUUUUACGAUUUCACGGUGCAAACUAAUAAAACAAGUACUCAGCUAUAAAUAUGUAACUCUAAACCCAAAGUUCGAAAAAUCCAAAACGAAAAUGCUUAUCCUACUGUAACUUUCAGCACGCCUCAGCCAACCUCAGUUGAAAAAACUGUUGCAAGCCCAAAAAGCUUACUUCAACAAAGAAGAACGGCCGGUUUCAAAGUUCGGCGGCCCGGCCAACCCGAUCCAGGCUAGAAGAAAAGCCAAAACAGAGCUGAGCCAUCAGCAAAAACUAUAUUUGUUCAUCUGCCCGGUGUGUAACAUGCCGGAACAUGAUCCUGUUCACAAGGAGCGGGUCUACCGCCCAAGGCAUUUUGAGGCCUUGAUAAAGAACAUUCCUUAUAGCUUGUAA